AUGGGUUGCUCGCGCCGUCAUUCUUUCAAAAGCAACGUCUCCUCCAAUUACAAAAGACUUGAAAGCUCUCGUUCAUCUUCUAUCGAGUUUUCCGAAGAUGGCAAAUCUCUUCGUCUCAGCAACUUCGCAACAAUCACUUUACGCUUAACCGACUCACCGGCCACGUCUCAAACUUCCUUGCCUCUGAAGGCUCCCUCGGCAGACCACGGCGCGGUGUCAUACCCGCAGUCCGAAUUUCAUGCUGCAUUGUCCUUUCAAUCGCCUGCAGAGCGAGAAGAGACCAUGGAGACAAAGGGCAAAAGGAGGGCCUCUCCACGAGCGGCUUACUCUAGCCCGAACUCUCCGGACAGAUUCAUUCCAAGACGAGAAUUUGACCAUCACAAAGCGACCUCUUAUCGUGUCAGCAAGCAUCCACGUCAACUAUCUCCUCGAGAGAAGGCCGCAAGAAAGCGCCUGGACUGGGAGGACCCUUUCCUUCCUUCAUCUGGUCAGCCGGCUGAGUUCUACGUACCUGCACCAGGCCGGACUCUACCUCCCCAAUUACCGCACCAUCGGUCUCAGCUCGUUGCUGACGCUGAUGAAUUGAGUGGCUCACUUCCUGCACAUCCUCUCCGAAAUGCCAGUGCAGGCAAUGCCUGGGGCGUUGGAGGUGCCUCUGCGUCAAUUGGGCAACCUGCAACGGCUGACCCAGACGUGUCGCCCCACGUCUCUGGUCAGAAUCCAGCGGCUUCAUCUUUCGUGGCAAAAUUCCUGCCCCUCUCCUCUCCUCGAGGUGACACACUUCGACAUGAAUCGAGGCUUGCGCUUGCGUUGGAUUUUGAUCAAACAACAAAAGUUCUCGAGACUCGCACAGUGGGCCAUGAGACUACUCCCAGCCCAACCUCGCCGGAUCACGAGCGAUACUCCCCAUUUAUAUGGAAAGAUGGCGCAUGGAAGAAGGCUGGAAAGGGUCACUGGCCGACCAAGCCUACGCGACGAGGAGAAAUCGUCCCUUCCAAACCUUACCGACUUCUUGAUGCACCAUGUCUUCGAGAUGAUUUUUAUUGCUCGCCACUGGCAUAUUGCUACACUAUGGGCUUAUUGGCUGUUGCUCUUGGACAUCGCGUUUACGUUUGGACCGAAGAUAUGGCCAUGGAUCCUCCGCCUUUUGAACACGUUCAUCCGUCGAACUAUGUGACAAGCCUGUCAUUUUCUUCCGAAGAUGGAGCAAAGAGUAUACUCGCUGUGGGUCGUCACCGUGGCCAUUUGUCUCUUUGGGGUGCUCUUGAGCCCAAGGUCAGAUUCGAAAUUGGCCACCCUUACCCUGUCACUUGCGUAUCUUUCAAGCCGACGUGUUCUCGUAGGCCUUCGGAAAGAUAUCCAGACGAGAUUGUAAGUGUUGAGGAUCUGGUUGUGGGCGACGAGAUGGGAAAUAUUUGGUACUACUCGGUUGAGUGGCCGGCGAUUCACAAUGAUUGGAGCUGGACAGGCUCAAUGACCCUGCUUGCAAAAAUUCAGGCACGCACUCAGCAAAUUUGUGGACUGGCGUGGUCUCCAGACGAGAAAUAUCUUGCGACCGGGGCCAAUGACAACGCUUGCUUGCUAUUCGAGCUUUGCCAAAUAGUUGGGCCACCUUUCAAAGACACAGACGGACUUCUCACCCCCUCGGUAAUAUCAUCGAGUUCAAGCUCGUUCGUCCCUCACGCAGCUUCCUGGCCUCCCGCGCCAGCUCCUCUCCUUAGCCAUGCAGGCACUUUGAUUUCGGGGAAUGGGCGGAGUGUCGUGAUUCCUCUCGAUCAACAGAAGCACUUCUUCCCUCAUUCAGCAGCUGUCAAGGCUAUCGCAUUUGCUCCUUGGCAGCCGUCACUUCUGGCGACUGGAGGAGGGGGCAAUGACAGAGCCAUCCAUUUUUGGCACACUCACACAGGAAUCUGUCUUGCAACAAUCAAUGUCUUUGCCCAAGUUACCAGUCUUAUAUGGAGUAGAAAACGGCGUGAGAUUGCGGCUACAUUUGGCUACGCCUCGCCUGACCACCCGAUCCGAAUCGCGGUAUUUGCAUGGCCUAGCUGUGCUCAAAUCUCCGUUGUUCCCUGGGGGCCGUUUGAUGAAAUAUGGGACAGAAUCGGACCUCAACCCAAUUAUCACAGUGGACGUGCACUCUGGGCAGUCAGCUAUCCAGGUCGAGUGCCUCGACUGGCUUCAGACUCACUGGAGACGAUCACACCAACCGUGUCGCGAUCAACGACCCCCUCGCUGGUUAGAGCAGAAGAUUGUCACGAUGAGUGUAUAACCAUUUCAGCACGCAGCAGAAGAAAUUCUCGCUCAACCCGACCUAAGGAAAAAGAGGGUGGAACUUGGUGCUCGCGCACCAAGGAAGAAGGCUGUAUCAUAGUUGCCUGCAGCGAUCAAACCAUCAAGUUCCACGAAAUCUGGUCAAGCCAACCCUCGAGUUUCGGAGACCCGCCAUCUGGGAACCUGGGUGGCAGUAAUAUUCUCGAGGGCAUGGAGGGUAUUGAGAGGUCCUCCGGUGAGGUUAUCCGGUAG